GCUGGGGAGAGAAAAACAGAGUGUGAAGCGGUUGCCCAUGAUGCAGUUCUGUAUUCCUGUCUGGAGACUUGGGAAACUGAUGUGCUGCCUGGUGUAUCAGAGGAUCUCUGUUAUUCUCUGAUCCUGAGUCGGUUGGGAUGGAGACCUGCAGUGUGUGUGUGAAGCGUCGUCUUAACACCAAUCAGCUGAUCCUAGACCUGUGGAGAAACCAAACCUGUGAAGCAAUGGACAUGGCUUUUGAUGCUGCUUAGGUCACAUUUAAUUCCAAGUUUUAUUAAUUUCUGUACAGUCUUAAUAUGCAAGGAAUAAACUAUCUGAUUUUGUUUGUGUGUGCUAACCAGAGUCAGGUGAUGUGUGAGAAACAAAAAAGUAGAGCCUGACAUCUGCCAAUGUCAUCAUAGUGUCAGGUUGCACCACUCAACUUCGGAAAAGCAUUGCGUAUGGUAUAUUUUGCAUACCCACUCUCAUCACCUGCGAGUGUCAAUCAAUCUGAAAGUGUGUCCAUUGAGCGACACGAGAGAGCGAUUAUCAUUGGCGAGAUGGGCAAGGAGGGGUGGGACGUCAGAGAAUGCCCUUCCCGGUUGGACAAGAGAGCGUGGCUCACGCAAGUGUCAGACUCUUCCAAGUUCCGAAGUUAGGUGCAUUCAAUUAAUUUGGCAGAAAGGGAUUGACACACAAUUGCCAUUUAUAAGGGAACCAACGCGUUCAGAGAGAGGUGCUGGUCAGAGCCACGAGGGGGCAAUGUCUGGCAGCAGUGGUGCUGCCAACAGCAGUAGCUGGACUGUCCUCACAGCUGAGGAGACUGUUGCUGAGACACUGAGGCCUGUAGCGGAGGGAACAGAACACCAUGAAGAAACACCCAGUCAUACUGCUGCAGAGAAACCUACAGAGAGUAGGCCUGGGGAGGAUGCCGUGUCUGCUGAAGAGUCUCACUCUGUGAAGCUACAGCAGGAGACCCAGGAAACACAACCAGAGAGAGACAAGGAUUACACCCCUGUUGUAGAGAGUCCCACCCAUGACCUUCCUUUUGACCCUGCCCCUGACUCCACCCCUGCCCCUGACUCCACCCCUGCCCUUGACUCCACCUCUGCCCCUGACUCCACCCCUGCCCUCGACUCCACCUCUGCUAGUGUUGCUCCUCUGAGCUCUCUGUUAGAAGUCCUCGCCCCCACAGGGCUUGACCCAAAUACACACAGCCAAUCCAGAAGCCUCCCUGGGAACCCAGCCCCUCCCAUCUCUGACCCUGAUUCGUUCUCUGACUCCUACACCCACAUUAGCUCCUCCCCCGACCUUGAAGAGCCCCCUGCCUUGCUGCUCAACACUGAGCAGGUGGGGCUUGUACAGGAAGUGGAGGGGUAUAUACAGGAUGUGCAUCAUCAUUAUGAGGAAGGCCUUGGGCAGGAAGAGGAGGAGUCUGAUCUGUCUGAGGUCAGGGCCAAGACAGACUCCCAUCUGGAAGGGGAAGUGGUGGGGGAGGAGGAGGAAGGGGUGUCAGGGGUGAGGAGGAGGAGGGGGUCUCUCCUGGCGGCUAUGGAGCGGAUCGGAAGGGAGGAGGAAGAGGAGGAGGAGGAUGAGUUCCGGAUUCCGCAGCGGAGGGAGCAAGAGGAGACUGGUUUCUCUCUCAACAAGUGCAUCCUGGGAGCUGUCAUACUGCUGGGCCUCGGAACCAUCAUCUUCUCAGGUGUCUUCAUGGACCUGGAUGGUGAGGGGGACUAUGAUGCCAGGGAGCUGAGAGAAACUGAGGUUGUGGGAAAACAGGAAUGGCUGAAUCCUGAGGUUCCUCUUCCACCACCUGUAGAAGUUGACAGUACAGACCAACUGAAUAAACUGGCUAAAGAAGACCCACGGAUAGCUGUACUGCAAGCCCAACUCCUGGCACAGAAAGAGGAGCUAAAAGUAGCACAGAAGGAGGCGGAGGAUGGAGGGAAGGAGAGAAAGAAGAGGGAGGAGGUGGAGAAGGAGCACGGUAGGCUGAAGAAAGAGAUGACGUCGCUCCCUGUCCUUCAGAAGGAGAACGAGAGGAUGAAGAGAGAGCUGGAGUCUGUUCCUGUCUUACAGAAGGAUCUAGAGACACUCAGAGCCACAGUGACUGAACUAAAACACAGCACAGCCAAAGAAGCAGCAUCACCUCCAGUCUCUGCCUCUGUCCCGCCCCCCUCUGGCCAAGCUGGGGAUGACAGCCAGAACACAGCCGGAACAAUAGAGAGGAAUGGAGAGAAAACAGAGUUGAAGGGAGGGAAGACUGAUUGGAAUAAGGAAGGGAAGACUGAUUGGAAUAAGGGAGGGAAGACUGAUUGGAAUAAGGGAGGGAAGACUGAUUGGAAUAAGGGAGGGAAGACUGAUUGGAAUAAGGGAGGGAAGACGGAUUGGAAUAAGGGAGGGAAGACGGAUUGGAAUAAGGGAGGGAAGACGGAUUAUAAGGUUGAAAAAGAGUGGAGAAGUGGAAAAUAUGACCAGGAGAAAGAAGGAAAAGAGGAGAAAGAGUGGAAGAAGAAAGAAGACAAGAAGGGAGAAUGGAAGAAAGAUAAAUCUAGCAGAGGGGAUGAGGGCAAACCAUGGAAGGACAGAGGAAACAAGAUGGAAUGGAAGGAGAAGAGGGAGAAAAAAGACUGGAAGGUGGAGAAAGAUUGGAAAAAGGAAACACCUGAAAGAUGGAGUGAUAGCAAGGAGUGGAAGAAAGGCAAGGAUGAGCGGAAGGGAAAAGAGACCAAUCAAAAGAAAGGAGGUUGGGUUGAGGGCAGGGAUGAGUGGAAGGGAGAGAAGGAGUGGAAGGGAGAGAAUAAUGGAAAAGAGGAGAAACAUCUAAGAAAAGGAGGUUGGAACGAGGGCAGGGAUGAGUGGAAGGGAGAGAAGAAUGGAAAAGAGGAGAAACAUCUAAGAAAAGGAGGUUGGAAUGAGGGCAGGGAUGAGUGGAAGGGAGAGAAGGAUGGAAAAGAGGAGAAACUUCUAAGAAAAGGAGGUUGGAACGAGGGCAGGGAUGAGUGGAAGGGAGAGAAGGAUGGAAAAGAGGAGAAACAUCUAAGAAAAGGAGGUUAUAUUAAGGGCAGGGAUGAGUGGAAGGGAGAGAAGGAGUGGAAGAACGACAAGGAUGACUAUAAGGACCUUAGCAAAGGAUGGAAGGAGAGAGGAGAGAAAAAGGAGUGGAAGGGAGAGAAAGAUUGGACAAAGAAAGACAUCAGUAAAGAGUGGAAGAGUAAGGACAACAGGAGAGAAAAUGAGUGGUCUGAUGGAAAUAGAAAGAUGGAAGGAGUGAAGGAGGAGAGAAACGGUGGGAACUGGAAAAAGGACCGAGGGAAUGACCAGUACGAGAAAGAACACCACCACCACCACUACUCUAAGGAAGGGCAGAAAGAGAGAGAGAGGAGAAGGAGAGAAAAGGGCCCUCCCCAAACUCACCGAAGACCCCCCCUUGAGCAACCUGACUACUGGAGCCACCAGAGAGAACGACUGCAGCACAAACCCAACCCUCAAACCCACUGCAGUUCAGUGGAGGCCUGCGCCCAGGCAGAGGGGCUGCUCCCUGUCACCAUGCCGGAGUUUGAGGCCCUGCUCCUGGGUUACCUGGUCAAGGCAGAGAGGGUGGGGGUGGAGGCCUCCAAGAGGGAGGAGCUCAGUAAGCUAACCAAGGAGUUCUUCAGUGACGGAGUGUUUGUUCACGACCAGAUGAGCUUCAAGGACUUUGUGGAGGAUGUGGAUGACAUCUUAGAGGAUAUGGUGGAGGAUGAGGAGGUAGAGGAGGAGAUGGAUGACUUUGAGGAAGAGGCAAUGAACAGGUUUUCAGUUCCAGGGGGAGGAGAGAGGGAGAAGUGGAAGAAGGAUAGUGGGAGAGGACGGGUGUGAUGUAGUGAGAAAGGGAGUCAACGCAUGUCAGGAGGAGCAACACACACACACACACACACAUAUAUAUAAUAUAUAUGUGAUAUAUAUAUAUAUAUAUAUACACUACCACGGUUCAAAGGUUUGGGGUCAUUUAUAAAUGUCCUUGUUUUUGAUCAGAUUGAUCAGAAAUACAAUGUAGACAUUGUUAGUGUUGUAAAUUACUAUUGUAGCUGGAAACUGCUGAUUUUUUGUGGAAUAUCUACAUAGGCGUACAGAGGCCCGUUUUCAGCAACCAUCACUCCUGUGUUCCAAUGGCACAUUGUGUUAGCUAAUCCAAGUUGAUCAUUUUAAAAGGCUAAUUGAUCAUUAGAAAACAUUAGUGUCUAGUUUGAGAAACAGACGCCUCACAAGUCCUCAACUGGCAGCUUCAUUAAAUAGUACCCGCAAAACACCAGUCUCAAAGUCAACAGUGAAGAGGCGACUCCGGGAUGCUGGCCUUCGAGGCAGAGUUGCAAAGAAAAAGCCAUAUCUCAGACUGGCCAAUAAAAAGAAAAGAUUAAGAUGUGCAAAAGAACACAGACAUUGGACAGAGGAACUCUGCCUAGAAGGCCAGCAUCCCGGAGUCGCCUCUUCACUGUUUACGUUGAGACUGGUAUUUUGCAGGUUCUAUUUAAUGAAGCUGCCAGUUGAGGACUUGUGAGGCGUCUGUUUCUCAAACUAGACACACUAAUGUACUUGUCCUCUUGCUCAGUUGUGCACCGGGGCCUCCCACUCCUCUUUCUAUUUCUAGUUAGAGCCAGUUUGCGCUGUUCUUUGAAGGGAGUAGUACACAGCGUUGUACGAGAUCUUCAGAUUCUUGGCAAUUUCUCGCAUUGAAUAGCCUUCAUUCCUCAGAAGAAGAAUAGACUGACGAGUUUCAGAAGAAAGCACUUUGUUUCUGACCAUUUUGAGCCUGUAAUCGAACCCACAAAUGCUGAUGCUCCAGAUACUCAACUAGUCUAAAGAAGGCCAGUUUUAUUGCUUAUUUAAUCAGUACAACAGUUUUCAACUGUGCUAACAUAAUUGCAAAAGGGUUUUCUAAUGAUUAAUUAGCCUUUUAAAAUUGAAUUAGCUAACACAGGAGUGAUGGUUGCUGAUAAUGGGCCUCUGUACGCUUCCAUCUAGAGUAGUCAUUUACAACAUUAACAAUGUCUACACUGUAUUUAUAAUCAAUUUGAUAUUUUAAUGGACAAAAAAUUAGCUUUUCUUUCAAAAACAAGGACAUUUCUAAGUGACUCCAAACCUUUGAACGAAUAUAUAUAUAUAUAUAUAUAUAUAUAUAUAUAUAUAUAUAUAUAUAUAUAUAUAUAUAUAUAUACAUACACACACACACACACACAGUCUUGUAUAUCUAACCUUGUAUAUCUAACCCAUUCAAAAUUCUGUACCCUAACAUUAAUCCUUAAACCUAGCUCCUAACCCCAAAAUUAAACCUAGCUCCUAACCCCAAAACUAAACCUAGCUCCUAACCCUGAACUUAAUUCUAACUAUAACACCAAUUCUAACCUUAACCCUAAACCCCCUAGAAAUAGCAUUUGACCUUGGGGACUAACAAAAUGUUCCCAGUUGGUCAAAUUUGUUUGUUUACUAUUCUUGUGGAGACUUCUGGUCCCCACAAAUAUAGUCACACACACACACACACACACAUACACAUACACAUACACAUACACACACACACACACUAUUAAUGUCUUUAAGCUUAUGCUAUUUUCCAUUUCAACAGUUUAAAAGUCUGAAUGAAUAAUGUAUUACACACAAACACACACCUCAGGCAUUCAUUUCAGAGGGAUCUGUGAAGUUGUUGAUGGGAGUAGAGAGAGAGACUAGCAGGCCAGUGGCACUGAGGAAACAGAGGUCUGUCCAGCAGUCUUAACAUAGCUAGUCGGAGGGGACUAGAACUUGUCUCUCAAUGGCCAAUCCCAAAUCAACCCCUCGCCUAACCUCUUACUGUCCCCAUAGGAAACCAAACCACCCAGGAUCGCUAGCCUAGAAAAGUGGUGUAACACUUGUCUGUUUCAUAAAGAGGAGUGUGUUUCCGCUGUAGAUUACACUAUGCAUUGUGCACUGCCAAGUUAACCCUUUCACUGGUGGCAUGUAGCGUUGGUAGCUUUCAUUCAUGUCAAUCAUUUCUGUUAACUUAUUUAUUAAUAACUUUAUUUUUGUUUGUGAGACGUGGUCUUUAAAAGUCAUUAAAGGAUAGAUUUACAAAGUGACUGAAGUACUGAGGAGGAGUGAAUGUAACGUGAUGGUGAUGCAGGUCUUUAUUUUCAUGUCAAUGUUCAACAGGUUGUAAAUAGUGCACUAAAACACCACACACUUACAAACUAUUUGAAUGAUAUAUUCUAUUUCAAAUUAAAUAGAGGAUUUUAUAAAUGUUAACUUGCUUUGGAGACCAUGUAAUAUGAUGACCAUGUGCAUCCAUCCCUUUGGAUAAAGAGGGAAUGUAUUGAAAACACUAAAACGUCUUUACUUUUGGUUAUGUUGCAACAAUUAUUAUGAAGCAAAAUGCUCAUGGCACUUAAGAUAAGGAUUGUCUUCAGGAAAGAAAACAGUUGGAUGUUGUGGUUCAACUUUACUUUACACUCCUGUAUUUACCAGGUAUUUACUUAAAUAGUAGAAUGAUCAUUACAUCACAAUAACCACCUAAUAACAACUUUUCUAUUAUAAUUUUUUAAAUAUUCAUUGUAAUAGUUUCUAAUUCUAUUGAAUUCUUUGAGAUAAGUGCCAAAAGGUAUGACUGUUACCAUAGUUUCAUAGUAAAUACCUGGUAGAUACCAGAUGAAGCAGGGCUGUAAAAUCAAGUCUGACUGAUGCCCUAUGUUUACAUGAUGGUAACUGUGUAAGUCUGAUGAUUGACAAGCCCAGAUCCACUCAUUAAAACAUUGAUUGAACGGACAUUCAAGUUGAACCACGUGGGCUUACAGAGGCAUCGUUGAAAACUCCACUUUGUGUGAUUUAAAUGUGCAAAUGUAACAUGGUACGAUUGUGAUAAAAGCAACCUAAUAAAUGAAGCUUUGACCUUCUGAAGAA